CUUCUUCUUCCUUUCAUCAUCUCAUCCAUAUCCAUCAUCUCUCUCCCCAUCCUUUGAAGUAUCGAUCUCGUCUGAUUCCAUCUAUUCAGACGGUCGAGGACAUCAAUUUGUCCAUUUGUUUUCUGUCUUUGAGUCGCAGGUAGACCAAACACAAGCUUUGUCGCUUCAGCUUCGUCAUUGCGCCUUUCGUCACCAUGAAGUCCGCUCUCACCCUCUCUAUGGCGGCUGUCGCCAGCGCUGCCUCCUUCAGCGUCGGCACCGUCCACGACAAGGCUGCUCCCAUCCUCAGCUCCAUCGAUGCCGAGACCAUCCCAGACUCGUACAUCAUCAAGUUCAAGGACCAUGUUGAUCAUGCCGCUGCCAGCGACCAUCACAUGUGGGUUCAGGACACACACAAGCAGGGCGAGACUGAGCGCCUCGAGCUGCGAAAGCGCUCCGUUCCUUUCACAGACAAGACCUUCUCUGGCUUGAAGCACACCUUUGACAUCGGUGAUGCCUUCAAGGGCUAUGCCGGCCACUUUGACGAGUCCAUGAUCGAGAAGGUCCGAAACCACCCUGACGUCGAGUUCAUUGAGCGAGACACUCUUGUCCACACCAUGGUCCCUGUUUCCCAGAACAUGAUCACUGAGGACAAGUGCGACGGCGAGACCGAGCGACAGGCUCCUUGGGGUCUUGCCCGUAUCUCCCACCGCAACACCCUCAACUUCGGUACCUUCAACAAGUACCUCUACUCUUCCGAUGGUGGUGAGGGUGUCGAUGCCUACAUUGUUGACACUGGCACCAACGUCGACCACGUUGACUUCGAGGGUCGUGCCCACUGGGGUAAGACCAUCCCCUCCGGCGAUGCCGAUGAGGAUGGCAACGGUCACGGUACCCACUGCUCCGGUACUGUCGCCGGUAAGAAGUAUGGUGUUGCCAAGAAGGCCAACGUUUAUGCCGUCAAGGUCCUCCGAUCUAACGGCUCUGGAUCCAUGUCCGACGUUGUCAAGGGUGUCGAGUUCGCUGCCACCAGCCAUCUCGAGCAGAAGAAGAAGGCCAAGGACGGCAAGCGCAAGGGCUUCAAGGGCUCCGUCGCCAACAUGUCUCUUGGUGGUGGUAAGACCCAGGCUCUCGAUGCUGCCGUCAACGCUGCUGUCCGCACUGGUAUUCACUUUGCUGUCGCCGCUGGCAACGACAACGCUGAUGCCUGCAACUACUCCCCCGCUGCCGCCUCUGAGCCCGUCACCGUCGGUGCCUCUGCUCUUGAUGACAGCCGUGCCUACUUCUCCAACUACGGAAAGUGCACUGACAUCUUCGCUCCCGGUCUGAACAUUCAGUCCACCUGGAUCGGCUCCAAGUACGCCGUCAACACCAUCUCUGGUACCUCCAUGGCAUCUCCCCACAUUGCUGGUCUCCUCGCCUACUACCUCUCUCUUCAGCCCGCUGAGGACUCCGAGUACGCCCUUGCCUCCAUCACCCCCAAGAAGCUCAAGGAGAACAUCAUCUCCGUCGCCACUGAGGAUGCUCUCUCCGACAUUCCCUCCGACACCCCCAACCUGCUCGCCUGGAACGGUGGUGGCUGCAGCGACUACAAGAAGAUUGUUGAGGCUGGUAGCUACAAGGUCAACAAGGCUGCUCCCUCUUCUCGCGUCGAGGAGAUCAAGCACGCUGUUGAGCAGGAGGUCAACCUCGUCUCUGGCAAGCUGACCACCGGUGCCAAGGAACUUGGCUCCAAGGCCGAGAAGUUCUCCAAGAAGAUCCACGAGCUCGUCGAUGAGGAGCUUGAGGAGUUCCUUAAGGAGCUCAACCUCUGUCAUCACAUUGUGCGCUUGAAUGCAUGGCGCUCCCGUUCCUUCCUUAGCUCUCGAAAGAAGAAUCGCCGUCCACUGAGUCGAAGCAAAUCGACCAACUCUGUCGCCCGCAGUCCCAUCCGCGAUCUUGAAUCCAUCAAUCCUGCCAGGGCUGAGCGAGAUGCCAACAUUGCUGCUGUAGUCUCGUAUCAGCGAGCUCAAGAUAGAGAUAGCAGUGAGGGAAUGCCACUCCCGCGAGACCCUGCGAGCUUCUACCCCGACAAGAGUGAUGGCACUGGCAGCGUCAUCAGACACAGCCUUGAGCGGACUGACAGUGCUCUGAGCGUUCAUGGCAGUUCAAACAUUGCUCGCAAGAAAAGCGUUCGCUUUACCGGGCCGUUAGCUCACCCACGCAGAAAUUUUGCAUGCAGAGCGAAUGGUGGAAGAGAUUCUCCGACAAAAGCAACUUCCGCAAUUCAUGCUUUCGGGAACGCAAACGCCAGACCCUCAUCCACGCUGUCGUUCCAUAACGAACGACCAGAUAACUUCUCCCUUACCCGACGCUACCUAGAAAUGCUGCAGCCACCCGACACGUGUUACAACCCAGAAGAAGAUGCUGCUUCGAUGGCUGCAUCCUACAAAAAGGUUAGGAAGUCCCGGUCAAUGGUGACUUCCUCGCAUGCAGAGACAGGGACAAUUUCUAGCAAGACCUGGUCUGCAAGGGCUCGCCAGCCGCCUACAGUUCCUCGACGUCUGCCUACGAAUAGCGAAAAUGAACCGCUAAAGGAUGCGAUGCCCCCCAAUGCCAGUCUCAGAGCUUCUACAUCGAUGGGCUUUCUUAAAACCCGGCGACGACUGGCGGCGUCACGGUCAAGCAGCCGUGCUGAUGAUCAUGAUCUGGCAGUUCAACUUGCCAGAGAGAGAUUUCGGCAGAUACAGGAGCAAGAUGCGAAAAAGAGUCAAUCGUCUUCUUUACAACGCCCAAAGCACACACAAAGCGAAGGCUCUCCCUUCCGAAAGUCGAUGCGCAAUAGUAGUAACAACACGGUAGUCUCGACCCUUUCUACCAUCUCCGGUUCAAAGCAGAGAGGCAUCCGAAAGACGGCGCGCAAGGUAUCUCAUGGGCUCAGAUCACGACUGCGAGGGCUGUUUGGCAGAGGAAAGAGUUCCGAGAACUCAGACCAGCAUGAACAUGAACAAGUCGCGGUGGAGAAGGAUUCGGAUGCAGAGAGUUGCUUGCAGAUCGGAGAUGCUGAGUCGACCGAAGAAGCCUCCAUGUUUCAGGUUACAUCGCAUGUUCCUUCCCUGCACGACGUACCGUCCAACCAGCAGCUCAGGUCUCGCAAAGGCAGCGUCGAGAGCUUUGGAGAUGGCGACCAGCAUAUUCCUGACGACAAGUCUCGUGUCACCAGCUGGACGAACUCGAUGACAAAUACAGUGACAAGCCAUGAAACUUUUGGAGACUGGGAGAGGCAGCGCCUCUCUGUGAUUAAAGAGAAUGGCACACAUAUUCCUUCAUCAGUUCGAUCGAUCGAAUAUUUGGAGCAGCAAACUAGAGACAUGAUUGCAGACAUGUCGGUUGACAGCGAACGUGUCUACUCAGCCCUUAUGGAGCGACUCGCACGCAAGGAGCCGACGGAUAGGGUCAUGCAGUCUCAACCAGGCUCGGUCAAGUCCAGAGGAACGAACACCGGAGAUAAUGAUGGUCAAUCCAUCAACAGACACUGGGAUUGCUCCACAAUUAGGUGCGUCAGGCCUGAUGAUAACAUUUUCAGAGACAAUGGCGAUCCUUCUUCGCGAAGUUCAAGCUCAACCACUGAGGUCCCCGAUUAUGAGAACAAGCACCAGCCCCAAACCGGCCACACAUCUACUGUCAAACAUACGGCUGCAUUGAAUUGGAGCGAUGAUAGGACUCACUCUGAAAGCGAGCAUACUAGUGUUCUACUCCAGGGCCUGGAACCACAUAAGACGAUCACCCAGAGGAGCUCUGCAUUUUUCGCAAGUCCUUCUUGUCAAUCGUUCCGUUCCCCAAGUCCUUAUCGCCGCGCUCUUAGAGCAAGCCAGAUGAACUCUGAAGACGAACAAGGUGCUUUUCAGGGAUCACGGUAUCUACAUUCGCUAUCGACCUUGUGCCUUCCUACGCGUCAAGACAGCAGCCCAUCUUCAGGGAAGGACCUGCAGGUGGGAGAUACGGAAAGUGUUUACUCUUGUGCGGGCGAUGAUGCAAAUCCGGUGCAUUCAGCUUCAGAGAACACCGUGGGACAGAAUGAGACCUGCAUCUACAACGACCCUGGACCACCGCCAGAGGUACCUGACCGACUGUCAUACCGUCAACACCAACGAGAUACAUCCACGGCGAGUUCUGUAGAAUGGAAGACCUGGCUUAGCUCAAAAGUGUCACAGCUCGAAGCACCUUUGACACCCACCAAGCGAGAGAAAUGGAACGACGUGCUUCCAACACUGGGUCAUGUUAGAGAAAACGCUUCUAUGGGAUCAACACCCGAGCAUUUCGCACCUACAAAUGACGGCGCAACAAAUCGUAGCCCUCUGAGCAACGUGAAGGGUAAUGCGCAAACCUUUCAAGACGGAGGUAAUCCGGCAAGAUCAACGCGUCAAGUCUUCAUAGGAUACGAUGAGAAUGCAGCACCGAGCUAUAAAGCUAAUACUUAUACCAAAGAGCGGCUCCCAUCUAUACCGCCUAGGAGCAGCUUGCGAGCGGUGCCAUCUCUGCCAAGUGUCGGCUCAAGCGGAUACAUUCCAGACACAGGUUUGGUGAAGGAGAUGCCGCGUAUGCGAUCACUAAAUACAAUAGGACGUCUCAAUUCGACCCCAGAGGAAUCUAUCAACAAGAGACGGUCCCGGACACGCGUCACUGGUUGGCAAGGCUCACCAACCAAGUCAAGCCCUGGGGUUCGUGCUCUUACAAAUACCCAACCUCCUAGAAUCGGAUCACCUGCUCUUCGAGGAGACUUUGGCCUGAAGUCUCCGAUUAGAUCUCAGACAAUAGAGAGACAGCCGGGAGACGUGAUGAGGGAUCGAGAGUCUGAUGCUCAAGCGAUGGGUAGCAAGACGAUGGUGGACCAAUUUUUGAGUUGCCGACGGAACCAGGGAGAUGGUAGAAGUAGUGGAUUUGGCAGUUCACCAGCGGCGUUUCUUUGAAGGCCACAUGUGUGAGUCGUUGAAGUACAUCCGAUAUGGAGAAGAGCAAUGUUUAGUGAAGGAGUGGGCAGUUAUGCUGCGGUAGGUCAUUAAUACUCUUGUAUAUAUCUUAGCUG